AAUGAAUAUAAUAAAAAAAUGCUCUCCUGAAAUAAGAAAGUGUUGCUUUCCUGUUUCGGUUGGGAUCUGAUCUAAGUUAGGGUUGCAGCCGAACCCUGUGGCUUGUGUAAUCGGGCAGCGGAAGGAAGGGUGCGGCUUUGUCUCCACGAGGUGCCCAUCGGGAGUGCUCGCCAGCGUUUUGCCUGGUUGAGCGGAGGCCGGACGCCGCGGCGGCUGCUGGGUGAACACGGGGGAUCACUUGAGCGGCUAUCGGCUUUCGGUAGCGCCCCACGAUGUCGGUUUUGAUCGUGACGAGCUUGGGGGACAUUGUGGUGGAUCUCCACACCGACCGAUGUCCUCUCACCACUAAGAACUUCCUCAAGCUCUGCAAGAUGAAGUAUUAUAAUGGUUGUCUGUUUCACAAAGUGGAAAAGGACUUCUUGGCUCAGACUGGAGACAGGACCGGGACUGGCACAGGAGGAGAUUCAGCGUACAAAUUUCUAUACGGUGAACAGGCACGUUUCUUUGAGGAUGAAAUUCAUCCAGAUCUUAAGCAUACCAGAACUGGUACCAUAGCUAUGGCUAGUGCAGGACAGAAUCUUAAUGCUUCUCAGUUUUACUUCACAUUGCGUGAUGACAUUGACUAUCUUGAUGGAAAACAUACUGUAUUUGGUACUGUUGAAGAAAAAGAAGGUUUGGACACAUUGGCUAAGAUAAAUGAAGCAUAUGCUGAUAAUAAUGGUAGACCUUUCAAGGACAUCAGAAUCAAACAUACCUACAUUUUGGAUGAUCCUUUUGAUGAUCCACCUCAGCUUGCUGAUUUUAUUCCUGAGAAUUCACCAGAGGGUAAACCAGCUGAUGAGAUUGCAGAAGAGCGCUUGGAAGAUAACUGGGUUCCCUUGGAUGAGACACUAGGCACAGAAGAGCUUGAAGAGAGACUUCGUGUGAAAGAGGCUCACACAAAUGCAGCAAUUCUUGAAAGUAUAGGAGACAUUCCAGAUUCUGACAUAAAACCACCAGAGAACGUGUUGUUUGUUUGUAAACUUAAUCCAGUUACACAAGAUGAGGAUUUAUAUACAAUCUUUUCUCGCUUUGGGAAUGUCAUGUCAGCUGAUAUAAUUCGUGAUUACAAGACUGGAGAUAGUUUAUGCUAUGCUUUUAUAGAGUUUGAGACAAAAGAGGCAUGUGAAAGAGCAUAUUUCAAGAUGGACAACACUUUAAUUGAUGAUCGAAGGAUACAUGUGGAUUUCAGCCAAAGUGUUGCUAGACUAUGGAGCCAAUAUAGGCAGGGCAAAAGAAGUCAUCCCACUAAAGAGGGUUGCUUCAAGUGUGGUGCUCCUGAUCACUUUGCCAGGGACUGUGAUAAGGAGGACUCUGAUAACAAGCAGAAGGGACCAAAAUAUGUUUUGAAAGAUGAUAACACUCAGCAUGGAGGGCAUGAAGAUAAGAGGUAUGACAUGCUAUUUGAUGAGGAUAAUCUGGAGACUGUGGGCCAUAGAGCUAAUGGACAAGAAAAAACAAAGAAGCAAAAUGCAAGUCAUCACUCUACUGAGAGGAAUCAAGAUAAGAGAAUUUCAGACAGACAUCGACAUGGAGAUGAUAUAACCAGAUAUGAUAGAGUGGAUGGGAAGAGUCGAGGAAACAGGAAACAUGGUGACUAUCACAGAGAUAAGCGAGCCGAUGAAAAAGGUGAUGAGGAUAGAGAGCAUCGUCGGAGAUUGCACGAGAGUAGCAGGCAUGUAUAUGACAGUGGAGAUCCCAAAAGAAGCUUUGGUAGCCGACUAGAAAAUGAAAGAGAAGGUGGUGAUAGUCACAGAGAGAACGAGGGAGAUGAUCGAAAGAGAUUAAAUGCUGACGAGCUUCGCAGACGAAAUGAUGGGGACCGCAAGAGGAAAAGUAGAGACCAUGAUGUUGAUGACUACCGUGAAAGGAAAUAUAGAGAAAAGGACCGGAAGUAAAGGAAAUGAGAUGUUAAAAGGAAAUGAAAGGCAUUAUGACUUGGAUUCUUGUCUUGAAUCGCUGGUUCUAUUUGUGAAAGUAGUUGGAAUACUGAACCGUAAGACUUGGAUCAGAUUGUAGCUGCUGUAGUAAAGGAUUGUUUUGAGCUGUCUGUUCUCUAGACAAGGGAAGGAACCACGUUAUUUUGCUUGUGAACAUAGGCAGUCGGAGUCGAGUCUUUUUAUAAAUGGAAUACUCGUGUGUACGUGAUGCAGAAAUAGAAGAAAAUUUACAGGGAAGAUAGACGACUACUCUCUUGCAUGCAGUCUUUUGUAAUUUUUACUUGGUGUAGAACAUAUGACUUCCAAAAACAAUUACUUAAAUUUGAUAAGUGCAUUGCUACAUUAAUGAGAGAGGGAAAUUGACUUGACCGUUCGUUA